AUGCUUGAACUAAUUGAGAAUUAUGAUGAUCGAAGAGUCAUUAUUCGACAAUAUACAUCAGCAUCAUCUCUCUACGACAUACUUAACCAAGCACUGCAAUCAACAGAAGCUCUUGAUGGUAGUGAUGUUCUUCUUAAACAUUGUGAUGAAAAAACGAUUUUAAUUUGUGGAGGACCAUUGAAAAAUGUUGCUAAAGCUAUUCAAACUGGUCAAUUUAAACUUGGUCGUUUAGUUGCACAAGGUGGAUUUGCUGGUGAUAAUAUUGUACCGGAAGAAAAAAGAUUGAGUAAAUUCAAUGGUAGAAUAACAUGUCCAACAUUCAAUUUAGGAGCUGAUUUAAAAGCAGCUAAAAUAGUUUUAGAUUAUAAUGGUAUCAAAGAAAAAUUUUUUGUUUCAAAAAAUGUUUGUCAUGGUGUUGUUUAUAAUAAAGAUGUUCAUCAACAACUUGAAAAAAUCAAAGAUAAAAGUCAAUCAUUACAAGAAAUUUAUCAUGUCAUGUCAAUUUAUUUAAACAGACCAGGUAAAAAUAAAAAAGCUUUGCAUGAUCCAUUAACAGCUUGUUGUGCAAUUGAUCUUUCAAUUGGACAAUGGAAAGAUGUUCAAUUAGAUAUGGAUGAAAAAACAAAAGAAUGGGGAUCAAUUAUAAGUGAAAAUCCAAAUAUUAAAAUUAUCGUCGAUUAUGAUCAUGA